UUAAAACAGUGAUAAAAAGACAACAGUGAUAAAAAUGGAGAAUAAUUUCGAGCAAGUGGAACGCGAGCUGUUGGAGCAAGCAAAUGGAGUCGCUAACUUGGGCGAGUGUUUUAUGUGGUUGCAGCGAUGCGACGAAUUUAUACAACAGCUUGAGGAACAUAGCCGCAUCAAGCGUCCUCGGCUUGCCGUCGGACAGAGACAAUCGUUGGUUGCGAGGAUCGCGCGACUCGAGAGUGAAAAAACAUUAUUACAAAGACGUUUUGUACAUGUAGGCGGUAAUUACGCGAGCACUAGUAAUAACGCGAAUAAACUCGUGUGGCGGGAAAUAGAUGCAGCGUUCGAGAAUCGCAUUCAGACAGGUGCAGUGAUAAAUACAAACUAUAUUGAACCGCGAACGUUUUUAGAAGACGCAGGCGGUAUAGUGCUCAAGCGAGUGCGGGACGCUCUAGAGGAACACAACAGUGUGAAAGUAAACACUGCGUUUAAUGGUGUGUUUGUAACGGGUGAUAACCGUGAAAACAAAAGUAUAAACACUAAAAAUUGUGAAUUAUUUCAAAUGUCAAAUUUGGACGAGUGGUAUGAGCGACGCGUUAUCGAGCCCACAUUAGCAUCACUCGAAGAGUUUCAAGAACGUGAUAGCGGGUGGGCGCUAUCGCGAAUUCUCAAUUUGACUCUAAAUAUAAAUAAGUAUAAUCCUCUACACGCAGGGUGUCACGUGACGUUACCGCGAGAAAUAAUAAUGAAACGUGCGGUAGUGAACGUUAAUUCAAAGGACAAUGCAUGCUUCGCGUGGUCAGUGGUCGCUGCGCUAUACCCUGCCGAAAGAAAUUCAGAAAGGGAGUCAUCAUAUCCGCAUUAUACAACAGUUCUAAAGUUUAACGACAUUGCGUUUCCCGUUACACUAAAGGAUAUAGGAAAAUUUGAGAGUCUUAACAAUGUAUCGAUCAACGUCUACGGGAUCAAAAAGGAAAUGGCGAUGCUAAAGAUUCUUCCGCUGCGACUCUCCAAUGACAAGAAAGAGAAGCAUGUCAAUUUAUUAUACUUGCAACAUCUGCGCGAAGGCGGCGUGGGUCACUUUGCUUGGAUAAAAAAUCUGUCCCGUCUCGUUAGCUCCCAACUGAGCAAACAUGAUGGAAAAAGAUACAUUUGCGAUCGGUGCUUGCACUAUUUUUCGUCUUGCGAGAGGCUGCAAUUACAUGAUGUGGACUGCCAGACGAUGAACGACUGUGCUAUCACACUGCCCGCUGAAGACAACAAAUGGUUAAAUUUUCAGAACGUAAACCACAAGGAACGAGUGCCCUUCGUUGUCUACGCAGACCUCGAGUGUGUGCUGCGGAAGACACAACACAAUGCAGAGCAAGCGUCGUACACAUAUCAACAACACGAAGUAUUCAGCAUCGGAUACUACGUGCGAUGCUCUUACGACGACGCGUUAUCUACGUAUAGAUUUCGUCGCGAUAAAGAUUGCAUCACGUGGUUCACGAAACAAAUUGAAAAAUUAGCGCAUAAUGUUAAAACUCGUUUAUCCACUAAUGUCCCCAUGGAAACGUUAUCGAAAGAACAAUUGGAGGCAUACCGUAGCACGACGCGGUGUCAUAUCUGCGAUAAGCCGUUUGCGCCAGACGAUACGCGAGUGCGCGAUCAUUGUCACUUGACCGGUCGUUACCGCGGUCCAGCACAUUCUCUUUGUAAUCUAAAUUAUCGAAAUGUAUCAUAUAUACCAAUUAUUUUUCAUAAUUUAUCUGGAUACGAUUCACAUUUCAUUAUUAAGGAAAUAGCCACUGCGUUCAAAGGGAAGACCGACAUACUCCCCAUCACGAAAGAAAAGUACAUUUCUUUCACAAAACAUGUCAUAGACACAGCCGAUAAAUUAAAUCCACACAAUUACAUAAAACUACGGUUUAUAGAUUCAUAUAAAUUUUUAAAUACUAGUCUCGAAAAAUUGGCAUCGUUUCUAGGUAAAGAAAAAUUAAAAAUUGUACGUUCCAAAUUUUUACACUUGUCUGACAAGGAUUUCGAUUUAUUGACACGAAAAGGUGUAUUUCCGUACGAGUACGUAGAUUGCGUGGACAAGCUGCAGGACAUAUGUUUACCGCCGCGCGAAUUAUUUUUCAGUUCCUUGACCGGUGAUACUGUAUCCGAGAGCGAUUACGCGCACGCCGAGAAUGUCUGGGAGCGAUUCUCCGUUCGAACGUUGGGUGAAUACAGCGAUCUAUAUUUGAAAACGGAUGUGUUAUUAUUAGCUGACAUUUUUGAAAAUUUUCGCGAUAAAUGCUUAGAAAGUUAUCAAUGUUCAGGCAGACAUGCGCGAGCCAAUAACAAGUACAUGCAGACGUACGACCCAUUGAAACCAUCUUCAUAUCUUAUGUACUUUGACGUCAAUAAUUUGUACGGAUGGGCAAUGUGUCAGCCACUGCCCUAUGGAGAAUUUCAAUGGGUCGAAGAUGUUUCUAAUUUUGACGUGUGUGCGAUCGCUCCUGAUUCACCAACGGGAUACAUUCUCGAAGUUGAUCUCGAGUAUCCCCGAGACCUUCACGACGAGCACACUGACCUACCUUUCUGCCCGACACGCGAUAAACCGCCAGGCAAGCGUGAAUAUAAACUUUUAGCGACCUUGUAUGAUAAGAAACGUUACGUCAUUCACUACCGCAACAUGCAGCAGUGCACGCGUCACGGUCUUCAUAUCGCGAAGAUACACCGUGUGUUAAAAUUCGCACAAUCUCCAUGGCUCUGUAAAUAUAUAGAGUUAAACACACAAUUCCGAACCAUCGCUAAAAAUGAUUUCGAAAAAAAUUUGUAUAAACUCAUGAACAACGCGGUGUUCGGUAAAACAAUGGAGAAUGUGCGCAAUCAUGUUGACGUUAAAUUGUUGACGACAUGGGCGGGGCGGUAUGGUGCGGAGACAAUGAUCGCGAAACCAAAUUUUCAUAGUCGAAAUAUUUCUAAGACGUGUCUAUAUGAAUUUCAUCACGAAUACAUGCUACCUUUAUAUCGUGACAAAUGUAGAGUCAUGUACACCGACACUGACAGUCUCAUAUACCUCGUCGAGUGUGAGGAUAUUUACGAGACGAUGAAACGUGAUAUUGCUAGGUUCGACACAAGCGAUUAUCCGGUCGACAACGCGUACGGUAUGCCUCUUGAGAAUAAAAAAGUUCCGGGUCUAAUGAAAGAUGAGAACAAUGGUAUAAUAAUGACUGAGUUCGUUGGACUUAGAGCAAAGAUGUAUGCGUUGAAGGUGGAUGGAAAGAAGGAUACGAAAAAGGCGAAAGGUGUCAAGAAUAGUGUAGUAGCGCGAACCAUAACGUUUGAUGAUUACACCCAGUGUUUGAGAGAUGAGAUCGAGAUGACGCGUCGCCAAUCAUGCAUAAGAUCCAAGAUGCAUGAAGUAUACACGGUGUCCGAAACGAAAAUUGCUUUGAGUCCGUACGACGAUAAGAGAUACCUUAUACCCGAUUCAGUUGAAACGUUACCAUGGGGACAUUAUCGAAUACCGCUAUAA